AUGCCAAAGCAAAAGCAAAGGAAAUCCAGAAAACGAAGUAGAAGAGAACCUUCCUCGUCUUCAACAACCAGUAGUUCUUCCGGCAGUUCUAGCAAUAACGUUCGGGACGAACGUGACGUCAGGAUGGCCGUGCAGUCCAACUCUAUGUCUGUCGCUGCUGACCGGCAGAUCGACGGUGGCUGGGGGAAGAUGACACGACGCCAAGACGCCAAUGCUCUCAACCGAUUCAACGCAGCGCAAUAAGACGUUAUAUUUGUUUGUUACUUAAGAUUGUUGGAAUAUAUAUUUAUUACUGCAAGUAGUAUUGAUCGACUAGCGG